AUGUCGACCCGCGGUACUCGAGGUCCGGACGCUGUGAAACAGACAUGCCCAUCCCCACCGAGCAGCCGUCACCAAAUCAAGAGGUCCCUGAGUGAGCUUGCGUCCUCGGCUGGGAUGCUCCCUCGCCGGCCGCCCCAACAUCGGAGACAGGACAGUCAGUCGGCCCACGAAACGGAACAGCCUGCGCUCUCGUCGGCGACCCGGGCCGCCCAUGCACGAAGCUCGACCGACAUGCCCGUCUCGGCGGCAACGACGCCGUUGAUGAGCCCCAACGAGAGCCGACGAGCGAGCAUCCUAGGCCCCAGAGAAAAUGGCCAAGAGGAGCCCGAGGGGGACAGGGACGGGGCCAGGGACGCCAAGCUUCUACGAGAGCAGCAGGAGGCUUCGAUGCGAGAAACCGGACUCAAGCAAUCCCUGGCGGGCCUCAACUCCCUCUCAACCGCCAUGACGAAGCGGCUAGACGACACGUACUACUCUGUGCUGGAAAAGAUGAGCGCCCUGCAGAACACAGUCGCCGCGCUCGCGGACCUAGCUGUCGACUCGCACCAGACCUGCGAGGCGUUUGCCAAGUCCUCUUGCGAUCUGGAAAGCGACAUCAUCCGCCAGCUGGGUGCUGCCGGCCGGCUGGAAGACCAGCAGAGGAGGAUCUCGGCGCUGCAGGCCAGGAUCCACGCGAGCCGGGACAGGAUAUCUGCCCUCGCCUCGCGGGUGGACCUUGUCCAGCAGCGCGUCGAGCGCUGGGAACAAGCCGACAGGGAGUGGCAGGAGCGGACGCGCAGAAGGCUAAAGAUCAUCUGGUUCGUCGGUACGGCCGUCGCGCUGGUCUUCACGGCGCUCAUGAUUGCGAUGCACCAUGCCCACGGAGGGGGCAAACCGGCCGCCGAGCAGAAGGCCGCCAUGAGCCCGAAUAUACCGCCGUGGUUGGGCGCGUCGAACGCAGACGGGAGGAGCGAGACUACGGAAGAGUCGGGCCGUAGGUUGCUCUGGAAAGCGCCGCUUACGGAUCCGGAGCAGCUGCGUGCGUUUGGAGAGCUUUGA